UACAACAUCCUUACUCCUUUUGCAAAUACAUAUCUCUCCUUCUUACAUCAAAAUGGGAUUGUCGAUGGACGGCGAGAGCAGCUGCACCCACAAAGUGUUCCUGAUCACCAACUACAUCCUACUGGGCGCCGCGUCGAGCUGCAUCUUCCUGACCCUCUCCCUCCGCCUGAUCCCAUCCCUGAUGGGCGCCCUCCUGAUCCUCCUCCACAUCGUGACGAUCGGGGGGGCGGUGUCCGGGUGCGCGGCGGCCACUCGGCGCGUGGGCAGAGGCAAGUUCUACAGCGCCCACAUGGUGGCCACCGUCCUGACGGCCAUCUUCCAGGGCUCCAUCGCAGUCCUCAUCUUCACCCGCCCCGAGGACUUCCUCGCCCGCCUCGACUCCUACGUCCGCCAGGACGACGGUGUGCUCAUCCUCAAGCUUGCUGGUGGCCUCUGCGCCUUCGUCUUCUGCCUCGAGUGGACCGUCCUCACCCUCGCCUUCUUCCUCAACUACUAUGCCCACCUCGACAAGGAUGGAAAUGGUGCAAUGAAGAGCGGGAAGGUUCGGGACGAGGAGGAGUUGAAGACCUUGCCCUGGCCUAUUCAGGUGUAAAACCUCAAAAACCAAAGAGAGGGAAAUUAAGUUUGGGAUAUUUGUUUUAUUUGUAUAUCAACAAGGCUGAAUUGUGUAUCCCUGCAAAUGUAUCAACUGAUUAUAAUCAGUUCAUGCUACUCCAUUUAUAUAAACAUAACAAUUAAAACGCUUCCGCCAUA